AUGGCUCCGAAGCGAGACUUUGAAGAACUUGGCUCCCCUGGGCCUGAUCAAGAAGGCUUCAAUGGUGCGGCCAAGAAGCGCAAGCACAACACAAAGACAAAGCAUAGGCCGAACGAGGGAACGUCAGGAUGGGCCAAGAAGCGGACGCGCACGAUCGAGCGACUUCUCAAGCGGAACCACGACCUUCCCGCCAACGUCCACAAUGACCUCGAACGCGAGCUGGCCGCUCUCAAGGCCACCGUCUCCGACAAGGCUUUCCAGAAGAAACGAAGCGCCAUGAUCUCGAAAUACCACAUGGUUCGCUUCUUUGAACGGAAGAAGGCAUCGCGAUUGGCAAAGCAACUGCGCAAGAAGAUUGAAGAAACAGAGGCCCCGGAAGAGCUCGAGGAAUUGAAACGGGAUCUCCACAUCGCCGAGGUUGACGAAGCAUACACUCAACACUUUCCCCACGCCGAAACCUAUAUCAGUCUGUACCCCGUCGACAAACGGGAGAAGGAGGCCGACGAUGACAAGAACGAUUACACACCACUGAAGCAGCGAGGUCUGCUGCAUACGGAGCGGCCCCCAAUCUGGUCCGAGGUCGAGCAGGCAUUGAAGGAGGGGCCCAGUGCGCUACGAGAGUUGAGGGAGAGACGGUCACCGGGUGGUGUGGAGGAAGAAACCAAGCCUCAGCGCCGCGAGAACAAGCCCAAGGCGCAGGCCAACGUUGGCAAGCCUGUGGCAAAGACGCAACCAAAGCAGCAGACAUUCAAGGACAAGAGCACAUCGAACAACAAGGACGAUUCGGGGGCCACGAUGAACCGCAGAGAGCGCCGGCGACUGAUGCAUCAAAACAAGCAACCAGUCGUGAAGAGCGACGACGACGACAGCGAUGGGGGCGGCUUCUUCGAGGAGGACUAA